AUGUGGCGCAUGAUGAAGACAACAUGUGACGUGAGGCUUGCCUACACUCGAGGUUCAUCCAGCUUAAAAGAGAGCGAUCCCCACAAGCAUCCCGCUCAGCAACUCAGAGACGAGAGCACGAAGAAGGGAGAUCACACUACGCAACAAGAGAGUGAGUCCCCCCCCAACACUAAACCAUCUCCCAGCUAGCUAAAGUACCGAAAACCAGUCUUUGCUAACUUGAACACAGCCAGCUCAAGUGAAAUCGCUCCAUCCAACACGGUAGCAAUCAACCAGAACUCCAACUGUGUUACCUCUCAAAACUGAGGAUGAGUUCUUUGAUCAGCAGUACCCCCCCCCAUUGUAUUAAAUCUGCGGUAUUGAAUGUUCGCUGAAUAAAUAAUUUCUUAUAACAGAGUGCUUGAUUCAGUCCCAAUGUGGCUCUAUCCUUUUCGCUGCCAUCGGUGUCGGCAUAGUCUGGCAGGCAAAUAACAUUCGUUCAGGGAUCGAUCGUGUCGAGUCCAGGCUCGAUAGUGUCGAGUCCAGGCUCGAUAGUCUUGAGUCCAGUGUCGAGUCCAAGUUCAAUAGUAUCAAGUUCAGGCUCAAUCGUGUCGAGUCCAGUGUUGAGUCCAGGUUCGAUAGUAUCGAACACACACAAUUGGUUCUCGUACACACAAUUCGUGCCAUGGCAGAAGGCCAUCCCGGACAGAAGGAGCCAUUGGAUGAGUUGAUAGCGAAUCUUCAGAGGUGUGCCAAGUCUGGUGAUGAACAUUGUAAUGCCGUUGAGGAUACUGCAGAGGGUUAUGGGGAAGAAAACUAG